CAUGACGCACCUGGUUUACUUAUUGCUCCGUGGCUCAUUGAAUUGAUUAGCUAACGUUUAUUUGCUGAUAUCGUUAGACUACAUUUGUGGAAAAUGUGGCGUUUCUUAGCCACACUUGUAGCCGUAGUGCUGCUCUGUUCGGAGGCUUGUGGGAAAACUGUGAGCGGACUUUUUAAGAGCGAAGCGGCGAGACAGCAGAAGGGCCAGUUCAUCACGAAAUUCAUGUACCAAGGUGACAAUAGUCUGUUGGUUUGCCGACUGGACAAUCCACCCCUGGCUGCAGAGAAGGAGUCCAGACUGCUGCUGUAUCAGGAUAUGGAUCCAGAUCUGGAUAAUCUGAGCUGUUCCGAGAGGCUCAGCAAAGCCCAUUUCACUAUUUCUCUCACCCAGGACGAACACAACCAGACGAUCCCUCAUCAGUCUUCUCCCACAGCCUGGCAGUUCCUGUAUGCUGACAGAUACACAUGCCAGGAAAACGCAGUGAUUCCGUCUCAUGCUGAUCUUACGUUUACUGUCCUGCUGUUUAAUGCUGACUCUGCUGGAAACCCUCUGGAGCACUUCAGUGCAGAGGAGACAGGUCUGCACAGCUUCUACUUCCUCCUCAUUCUGGCCUACUUCGUAGCCUCCUGCAUCUACAUCCAGCCUCUAUACCAGGCAUUAAAGAAAGGGGGUCCCAUGCACACCGUCCUCAGAGUGCUGACAACUGCGCUGGCUUUGCAGGGCUGCUCUGCUCUCUGCAACUACAUCCACCUUGCCAGGUACUCCAGAGAUGGUACUGGUAUCCCACUGAUUGGCAGUCUAGCAGAGUUCUGGGAUAUGGUGUCCCAGGUAUCCAUGCUGUACAUGCUACUGAGCCUGUGUAUGGGUUGGACUCUGAGCCGAGGCAGGAAGCCUCAGUCCAGACCUCUGCAGUGGGAGCAGUCUCCAGCCUCCACAGCUGUUGCUGUUGGUGGGGUCAUCAUACAGGGAGUGCUGCUGCUGUGGGAGCAGUAUUCAGAAUCUGAGAGUGAACAUCACAGCUACCAUGCCCAGCAGAGUCUGGCAGGUCUCCUCCUGAUGGCUCUGAGAGUAUGUCUGGCCCUCCUGCUGGCCUCUGUCCUCUACCAGAUCACCUCCACUGAGAGAAGCACCCUGAAGAGAGACUUUUACCUCAGCUUUGCCAAGGGCUGCUUCCUGUGGUUCCUCUGUCAUCCCAUACUCGUCCUUAUGUCUGCAAUUUUCAAUGAGCACCAGAGAGAGAAGGUGGUGACAAUCGGCGUGAUCCUCUGUCAGUCCAUCUCCAUGGUGAUCCUCUACCAGCUCUUCCUGUCUCGUUCUCUCUACUGGGAGGUGUCCUCCCUCUCCUCAGUGUCUCUGCCACUCACCAUGUCUAGAACAAACCACAGGGGGCGGUUCUGAGUACCACUGUCCACUGAUGAUCACUGUGAGCGAGGGAGGACCGAGGCUCCUCCUCCCUGAGCCUCCCACUGUGUCAGAGGACGGGGACGUCCUGAGCAUCGAGGUGGCAACGAGUGCAGGAACUGUUCUCCUGUGUUGUUAAAGGUUUCCUGGGAAAGCAAUUGUAGCCACAAGGAAGUAAUCUGCAGAUACUGGGAAGGGAAUGACUAGAGGACGAUAUCUACGGCAACACCCUACCUCUUUUUUUUAUUUACUGGAAACAGCAUUAUGACUGUUGAGCAGGAGGGAGGCUUUUAUGUAGUUUCUUUGGCUCUCUCUACAAAAUGCUGGAUGUGAUAAAAGAAUAGUGAAGACAAAGAGUGAUGCAGAGUUGGCAUGCAUCAGCUGGCAAAAUAGAUGUCCUGAGUGAAAGAUGGCACAGAUUCACUCAUGACCGGGAAGAGUAAACAAACGAGGUCGAGAUUGGGGCACUUUGAGGUUUUAUUACUGGCCACAUUUCGAUCGUGAAGCAUAUCGCAUAUUCAUACCAGAACAGGGUGGUCUGUUUAGCUCCUGAGUUUCAGUUGGAGCUGCAGGGAGUUAAUGUAAUCACUAAGACGAUGAUCAUAAAAAUCACAAAAAUGCCCUAGAUUUGCCAAAGAGUGACUUUCCAAGACUGGACAGAAAGCUAUUAUCAGUCUAAAGGAUAAUAGCUAGUACUUAUUGGCAAAAUACCACAUAAACUAUGUGUCCUUCUUUAAAUGGAGCAACAUUGCAUUUCCUCUGGACUAUUUUUAGCUGCAGGAGGAACGUGUGGAUUACACAUGAGACAGUUCCUGCAUUAACUAUAAUUAUGAUUCACUGAUGUGUUUUUAGUAGGACAACACAGCUAAACAACAGCUGAAAUAAGCAAAGUCAGAAUUUGUAUCCUCAAUAAAAUCAGCCCAUAUUUGGUUUUGGUCCUGCUGUAGUACUUUAUGAUACUUUAUGAUAGUAUGAGAAUGGUUGCUACGCGGUAGGAUGAAGAUGUCUGUGGAUGCAGUUGGAGAGACGGGUCAUCGGACUGAAGAGAGGCAGAAUAAAAAUGAAUAUAUUAAAUCAGUCAGCUGGUUGAAAGUGAAAUGGCCUUCAUGAAAAUGGAAUAUGCAAGAGCUUAGUAUACAGCAUGUAAGACCUGAACCAAUUAAAUCCUUUUAACUGUAUGUAGCUGCAGAACCAUGCACGAAUUAAUCUAUUAUUUCAUCUUUAAUGGGAAAGGCAGAUCAAGAAGAACUGAAAAAAAAAAAUAAAUUAAAAAUCAUAAAAUGUCACUGUGUAAUUAAAUUUUAGUGACAACCCCUCCACUUUAUAUAGGUCUCACUCUUGGAAGUCUUUCUAAAGCACCAGGAUGGUGAAUUUGUUCCUGUUGUACUGUUUCAAACUUUGACACAUAAUAGAAAUAUGAACUGAUAACUGACACCUUUUUUUAUUUAUUCAUCAACUAUUUAUUUUCAAAAGUAUAAUGAAGCAGCAAUGACAUAAUCCCUGCAUCACAUAGAAGGUCCAUUAAUUUCAGUAAAAACAAGGUAAAAAAAAAAAAAAAGACAAUCAUAAUAUGCCAACGUUGGUCAUUUUGUACUGACAAAGGAAGCUGAGAAACAGCUGUUAGCAUAGUAAAGCAACGUGUUAAAUGAGGGUUUUUUUUGUUUU